GUUUACUACAAUAUAUAACAUAUUCCCACAUGGUCUUCCCAAGGUAAAGUUUAUCCAUAAAAAAAUAUACAAAACCGGAUAAAUUGUUUAUUAUUUUAAUUCAUUAAUUUACCUCUUCAAAAAUAUGACCGAAAACAUGGACGUGAGUGCAACUCAAGAUUCAAAUGUAAAAGUUCCGUACUCUACAAGAAUCAAAUUCCUUAACGAAAUAGCAAAACCUUUGGCGUCCAAAUCUCUAACCAAAAAAAUAUAUAAACUUGUCAAAAAAGGUAAUUACCUUAUAACUAAAAAUUGUACAACUUAUAAACUUAAAAUUCCAUUUUCAUAAUUUUAAUUUAAAAAUAACCCAUUGGUCAGUUUUAGAUUCAAAGUUAUUACCAUUUAGAAUGAAAUUUGACAAUCUUAAUAUUAUUAAGUCAGCACUCUGAAUAAUCUACACAUAUCUGUCCAUAUAUUAGCUUAACUAUUGUAGAUGAUAAUGCAGUUAACUUCUUACCAGUUAUAGUAUCUAUGUUUAAGCUAAAUUGUUGAUACACAUUUACUCAAAAUUCUAUACAUUAAAAUAUAUUUAAAUUUAAAUAUUCCAUGACAAUAAUUCUUACUGUCAUUUAUUACUGUUUUAAAGAUUACUCCGUGUGAAAUAUGAAUACAAGGUGUUGAUAACAGUAUUUCAUUUCUUUAGAUUUGAAAAAAUAAUAGUCAGAUAAAAUAAUUAUAAAUUAAAUGACAACUAUAUAGAUUUAUAAAAUAUUUUUUAAUCUAAUUUAAGUUAACUUAAACCCGAUUUUUAAAAUUAAAAUAUGUUAAUAAAAAUAAAUAAAUAAAGUUAAGUAUGAAAUUUGCAAACUAUAAUACAGGAUGAUUUUUUUUUUUUGUUAUCGUUGGAUGAAUUUAAGAUUCUAGAUCAGUACUUGGGAUUAAUAAUGGUCAUGUAUAUAAUUCCUUAUUAUAAUAAAUAUUCAAACUACCUAUUGCAUACCUACUGAAAUAUAAUAUAACUUGAAAUAUUAUAUUGUUGUUAUAAAUAUUCUUUUUUAUUAUAGCAUAUAAGGAAAAAACUUAUUUAAGAGUGGGUUUAAAAGAGGUCCAGAGAAGAAUCCGAAGAGGUGAAACUGGCUUAGUAAUUUUUGCUGGUGAUAUUUCACCAAUUGAUAUCAUGAGUCAUAUGCCGGGUGUAUGCGAGACCAAAAACUUGCCAUAUUGUUAUGUUCCUUCACGUGAAGAUUUGGGUUCAGCCAUGGGUGUUAAACGAUCUGCAGUCAUGGUGCUUAUUAGAAAACAUGAAAAUUAUGCAAAUUUGUAUGAUGAAUGUCAUAGUGAAAUCAAAGCAUUACCGUAUGAUUUUUAGGUUCAAAUUAAUAUUUUACUUUUUUUUUUUUUAAUAUUUGUAUAAUUAAUUAAAAUAAAAUUUAUUUUUUAAUUAUUAAAAUAAAACACUUAAUAAUACCCAUAAUAUUUUAACAAUCUAACUUAUGUAUUAAUAUAUAUAUAUAUAUACAACAUAUAUUAUAUAUGUUGUAUAAUUUAUAAAAUAUUCAACUGCUUAAUGGAAAGAAUAUAAAAGUAUUAUAAAUGUGCAUAUAACAAUUACUCCGGCGAUUAUUAAGGAAUCUCGUUUUUUACGCAUAUUUAUUUUUUGAACAAGGGUAUUGAGAGCAGGAAAUCUACUUGACAAAUCAUGUAACCUUGACUGUAAACGUUUAAAAUGAUGUCGUUGUGAUACUAAGUGUUCCCUGGUUUCCAUUGCAAUGGCUAUUUGAUCAGAUACUAAACGGUCUGAAUUACGUACAUGCUCGUGUUCUUUAACAUAUAAAUCCAUUCGCCGGUUUUUUGUUCCGGAAUUCUUAUAGCCACUAAAAAUAAUAAAAGUUAAUUACAUGUUAAACAUGUGCUAAAAGUAUUUACUCUAUGUCCUGUCGAACACUAUGCAGCAAAUAUUCUCUUUCUCUUCGAGCCCUAACAUUGGAUUGUAUUUUUCGAAACUCUUUAGUAUAGUCUUGUAAAAUAUCUCUAUGGCGCUGAACAGUAUGCAUGUUUUGUGAAAUCGUAGAUUGUUCUCCAUUGGAACUCCAUUCUCCCAUUUUAUCAUUGACUGUAUUUAACUAAAAACUCAAUGACAAAUAAUUGUGAACAUUCGUAUGUAGGAAAAUUUACCUUGGACAAAAGCUCUUCGAUUUCUGAAGUGGCAGUUUCAAAUCUAUCGUCCGAUAACAAUAAUUGUGAUUCAUCAUCACCAUACAUCAUUGGAUUACUUGUACUUAUUUUACUCAAUGAAACCAACAUUGAGUCAAUUUCAGUUUCCAGUCUCCUGGCCUGUUUCCUUAAAUCUAAAAAU